UAAAGGGGGUAUAGAACAACUUUACUUUUGUCAUUUAAUUUAUUUAUUUGAAAAUUUAUUUCGUUUUAGUUUACGAUAUACAUUUCGGCCAUUCCCGGUGCUUAUUUCAAUAAUUUAUGUGUAUGUGUGGAAACGGAGUUAGUUUGCAAGAAAUACCCCCUUCCCCCUACCCCCGCAACGCGCAAGCGCUCGGGACUGUGUGGGAAUGGUCGGUCCACGAACUGGGGGUUGGACCGCUCCGAGCGAAACAGAGCAAACGAGUUUUAAAUGUCCGCCAUGUUGUCCAUGGCGCACUGAACCAACGGUAGGGAGCGGAGCGUCGGAAAAAAACAGUCCGAGAGAGAGCGACCAAGAUCCGGGCCUUCCCCCGGCUCCGUUGGCGACGCCCUAAAUACAAGCUACAACCAUUCGAACGUUAGAAUAGAGACUAACCGCACAGAAACAUCCAUGAAAGCUCCACUCGGUACCGUUGUGAAUAUUAGGAGAUCGGAUAGAUUUAUAUUGCACCUCGAAUUGUGAAAAAUGAGUAAAUUGUCGUUUCGGGCACGGGCGCUGGACGCUUCCAAGCCACUACCCGUCUUCCGUUGUGAGGAUUUACCCGACCUACACGAAUAUGCAUCAAUUAACCGGGCAGUACCGCAGAUGCCGACGGGGAUGGAGAAAGAAGAGGAAUCGGAACACCAUCUCCAGCGGGCCAUCUCGGCACAGCAGGUCUAUGGCGAGAAGCGGGACAACAUGGUCAUCCCAGUACCGGAGGCGGAGAGCAACAUCACCUAUUACGACUCCCUCUACCCUGGAGAUUUCAAGAUGCCAAAGCAGCUAAUUCACAUACAGCCUUUCAGCUUGGACACAGAGCAGCCAGAUUACGACCUGGACUCAGAUGAUGAGGCCUUUGUCAACAAGCUGAAAAAGAAGAUGGAGAUCAGCUACCUGCAGUUUGAGGAAAUGAUUGACCGGCUGGAGAAAGGCAGUGGACAGCAGGCUGUGAGUCUUCCUGAGGCCAAACUGCUGCUGAAAGAGGAUGAUGAGCUCAUUAAAGAGGUCUUUGACUACUGGAGCCGCAAGAGGAAAAACAGCAAAGCCAACUCCCUCAUCCCCACCGUCAAGCAGGAGAAACGGGACGGCUCAAGCACCAGUGACCCUUACGUGGCCUUCCGACGACGCACUGAGAAGAUGCAAACUAGGAAGAACCGUAAAAACGACGAGGCCUCGUACGAGAAGAUGCUGAAGCUUCGCAGAGAUCUCAGCCGAGCCGUCACAAUCCUGGAAAUGAUCAAGAGGAGGGAGAAGAGCAAGCGAGAGCUGCUGCACCUCACAUUGGAGAUUUUUGAGAAGAGAAAUGUCAUGUCAGACUUUGGUGGUGAGGUUAUGGCAGAAGUUCUGGCUGAAAGGGCACUGGUGAGGCCACAAAUCAUCCCCCUGGUCCCACUCACCAACCAGUACCGACACCAGGACCAUAUGGACCUCAAGGACUACAAGUCCAAGCCUGAGAAGACAGAAGUUCCCCGGCAGAAAAGGAAGUAUGAGAAGAAGCCAAAGGUGCUGCCACCAUCAUCAGGCACACCCCACCAUACAGGUCCGGUUGUCUUCAACGCCAAGGACCUAAACCAGUACGACUUCCCCAGCUCGGAUGAUGAGCCCUUUUCCCAGCUGCACUCAGGCUCAUCAGAAGCAGAGGAGGAGAACGACCCAGAUGGUGCCUAUGCCUUUCGCAGGAAGGCAGGCUGCCAGUACUAUGCUGCUCGUCAAGAUCGGGUGGGUAGCUGGCCGUGGUGUGGACAAUGGGAGGGUGGUUUGGCAGAAGCUCGCUUUCGCUACAGUCUCACCACAGUCACCAUGCCACGACGAUGCCUGGGCAUGGCUCGACGGCGCGUGGGACGAGGCGGCAGGGUGUUGCUGGACAGAGCAUACACAGACUUUGACAACAUUUUCCAUGGACUGGAUCCAGACAUGCUUGACCUGCCUGUUCCUCAAUCUCCUCCUCCUCCUUCUCCUCCUCCUGCAACUACUUCACGCGCACCGGCCACCGACAAGUUUGCCAGUACCUCAGAAACAAAUACCUCGGAAAGAAGUUCCUCCUUCAGUUCCUCUCUUUCCCCAUCCUCCCCCACUUCCACGGACCUCAGUCAGAUACUGUUGAAUAUAAAGUCGUGCCGAUGGAGGCACUUUAGACCACGGACACUACCACUACAUGAGCUGGACAAUGCCCACCCUCUUUUCAGGAGGCUGAGCCGAAGCCUGAAGCGCCCACUCUCGGCCUCCACCACCGGAGGGCAACCCUUUGGCUCCCAACGUCCAGGGAGGGUUGUCCCUGCACCCACACCCGUUGCUGCUUUCACAGUUGAACAGUACCAGCAGCAUCAGGAGCAGCUGUCCCUGAUGCACAAACAGCAGCUGGAGCAAGUCCAGCAACAGCAAGCCAACAGCGCCACCACUGCCAACAGCACACAGCAGACCCUGGCAAAUACAUUGGACCAGGCCAGUGCUCAGUUUGCCGCCUCGGCCCUCGUGACCGCCGACCAACUGCUGGCUCUGAAAACCAAGGAGGAGCUAGGACCAGGAGUCAAUGGCGUCCUCUCCCCCUCAGGUGUCUACAAGGGCUUGCACCUCUCGAGCACAGCGUCCCCGUCCCCUGCCACCCCGGCUCCUCCCACUGCUACAACGACACCUGCUUCGCUCCACCCCUGUACCACCACCACCAGCUCCACGUCUGCUACCAGUAACAACAAUGGCACCACUCACCCUGCCAACACAACUACCACUAACACCACCACUCAGGUCCUGCUGGGAAAUAACAACAACCUACGGCUGAGUGUUCCCGCCACCAAGCGCAUCCCCACACCCCGGACACUGAGCACCACCAUGUCUACAUCCGCCUUAAAGCUCGCCCACGCAGCAGCCGCCAACUGUCAGAAACCCAAGGUCACUACAGCCUCGGCCUCGCCGCUGGACAUAGUGCCCAGGGAGAAUCAUGAACAAGACAAGCCAGCACUGAACAGUCUAACGGACAACACAGUGGCCAUGGAGGUUACGUAGCCUCUCAUACACUGCUCUGAGGAAACGUGACUCCAUUGGGUUUUUUUUGUUUUUGUGUUUUGUUUUGUUUUUUUUGUUUUUUUUAAGGUGCUAUGCAUCAUUCGUUAGUCAUGAAUGCAAGUGGUGGCGGACUGAGCACGGCAAGGCUGGGUUUCCAUAGCAACAGUUUGGGACUUAAUUGCAAUGCUCGUCUCGUACAAUUCCCCCCCAUUUGUUACUGUUAAUAGGAGAUCUCUGUAAAUUCUUAAUAUGGCAAUUAUAUGUACAGUACUGCAUAUUUGUAAUACCCCUCUCCCCACCCUUGUUCUUGUAUAUAACAUUACUUGAAUACAGAAUUGUUCAUUUGUGAUGUUUUGCACUCGAUAUUAAAAAAAAAAAAUUCAAAAUUAAAAUUAAAAAGAGAAAACGACAAACUGCAACUGGUGCGAGUAUGGGGUGUGAAAGUUAUACCACAGAAAAAUGUAUGUCAUCACAUGCAUGGUGCGGAACCUGCUGUUUGAUCUAUUUAUUGUGCCGUGUUUACAGAGGUUUUCCCCCCACAUUCAUUAAAAAAAUUAUUAUUUUUUUUUUAAAUACACUGUAUCCUUCAUCAGUUCCCUGUGCUGUAGUAAGUGUUUAGGUAGAUUUAUACAAAAAAAGAAGUCCCCACUAUUUUUUUUUUUUUUCCUUCCUUUUUGGAUGUUGUGAACAUGGCCGGGGGCUCACCCGUUUUUGUUGGGUGUUCCCAUGUGUCUGUUUAAAUCCACGCAGACGUGUGUUUGUUAAAGAUUCAGGCGCAGGGCAGUAGGAGAUGUGUAUUUAGCCCUUUUCAGACGUGAUGUGAAGCAUUCGGCUCAAUCAGUCUCUUAAAUUGACGGCACUGUCGUUCAGAAUUCACUCACACACAUCCGGGGGGUCUGCUGUUGUUGCCACGCGUACCAAGAACUUAUUACAUUUGUGGUGAUUAGUAUUGUGUGAGGUGCAGCCCGCGCUUCUGAAUGUUUCUUUGACCAAGAUCUGUGGGUGCUGCUGACUGUGCUGUACCCACCUGCCCCUUGCACACAAGCCGAGGGCUUUUCUGAAUCAGGAGCAGCUAAAA